AUGGGCAACGCGGAGGAAAGAAUUGGCGGAGGUGAGGCUGAAGAGCGCGUCGAGGACGCGAACGCGUCUCGUGCGCGUCUUGUCUGGCAAACACGGUCAAACAUUGCCUCAGUGCGUACCAUCAUGCUUGGGAUUGAGAACUACGGCAGCGACAACGACAGCGAUGUCGAGACACUGCCUGCGCCGUCUGCGUCCUCGGAAAAGCCCUUGCUGGCAUCUGACCUAUCUGCACCGGCCAACAAGUCGACGAUCGCCCUUCCACCACCUUCGAAUACGUCCUCGUCUUCUGCUAAAUCGUCAGCUGGUCUGUCCUUACCACCCCUGAAGAGCAAACGACCGAAGAAGAUAACCAUUGGGCUUCCGGAGCUCCCACCUAUUGACGGCGACACGACUCUCGAUAGCGAUGAACGACCCACCAAGAAACCACGCAUCGAACCUGGGGCUCGCUCGUCUGUGCUUCUGUCUAUGCUGCCGGCGCCCAAGAACAAGGCUGUGGUUCCAGCUACCCAGGAAAGAGUCCUUGGUUCUGGACGUGGGCCCGGACUAGUGUUCAACACCGGGUUCAGUCGUAAUACACGGGCUGUGACGGUGGAAGAUGCUGAAGACUCGGUUGAUAACCCAGACGACACGGGGGUUACUCAGUCCACAGACGGCAUCAAGUCCGAUACAAGGGCCUCUCUCCCAUUUCUACCUCCAUCUCUGGUGAAGGGUAGAUCCAAUAUAUCUCUUGAAGAGAAGGCAGAGCGUCCGAAAGCCGCACCUACAAUCACUCCAGCACCUGCCGUCGACUUCUUCUCGCUGAGUAUGUACCUCACUCUUUCUAUCCUGCACUUUGUGUUUGACAACCCGACAGGCUCUUCUACCUCGACGAUAUCGUCUACUACACCAGCAAAACCCUCUGCCGCUGUACUGACAGCUCCAUCUGUUGCAUCGUCGUCAGCGCCAUCUCUUCCUCUAUUCCCUGGCGUUUCAUCCGCGCCGAAGGUUGAUGACUUCGUCCCACCUGAGCCUACACCUCAAGACCUAUACCCCGGGUAUUAUCUCCUUCCGUCUGGUCAAUGGGCCGCAUAUGAACCGGAGUACUACCGGUCCUUCUACAACAAGUGGAAGAAAGAAUACGACGAUCACGUUCGUGCGUUGGAGAAGGGCAUCAAAGGCUUUGAAGCGGUAGAGACGGAAGGCGCACGAGAGUUUAACGCUCUGCAAGAGAUGGAGAAGGCGAAGAGAGAGAUUCAGGAGCACGAAGAGCGGAAGGCACUCACGACGGGUGACACAGAGGCGGCUGCGCCUAAGAUGAACAUCAAGGGGGCUGCCUUGGGUGGACGAGCGAAGACAAGACACCAACUUUCGACCCUUCUCACCGAAGCAUACCAAAAUCGUGAGGCACUCGAAGAGAGGAUUGCCCAAGGAAGGCGGAACAGGAAGGAGGCCGGGAACAAAUAUGGUGAGUGCACCUGCUAG